AUGGGAUCAUACUUUCUGGACCUUGAGAGCGGUGCUCUGGUUUUGUUUAAUUUCCUUUCCCUCCUUUCAGAGCUGGACAUCUUCGGCAUCAUUCUGUACUCCACCCUCACCUUCAUGGCUGCGGUUUCCAUGUUGGUCUUCAUAGAGGAAUGUGUAUACAUCUAUAAGAAAGUACCAGCCAAUAAGAAGAGUGUGAUCAUCUGGGUGAACGGGGCGGCUCCGGUGAUUAGCACCAUGUCAUGUCUAGGACUGUGGAUCCCCAAAGCCAUCAUGUUUACUGAUAUGACCUCCGCCUGCUACUUUGCCGUCGUGGUCUUUAAGUUCCUGGUCAUGAUGCUGGAGGAGGUGGGUGGGGACGAAGCCUUCCUGAGGAGGGCGGGCAAACACAAGCUGAGGAUCAGCACGGGGCCCUGCUGCUGCUGCUGCCCCUGCCUCCCACAUGUGGCCAUCACACGGCGCAGUCUCUUCCUGCUCAAGCUCGGCUCCUUUCAGUUUGCCCUCAUGAAGAUUGUCUUCACCAUCCUCUCCAUUGUCCUCUGGACCAAUGGCAACUUUGACCUGAGUGACAUGGAAAUUACUGGAGCUGCAAUAUGGAUCAACCCAUUUGUGGGCAUCUUGACAAUCAUUGCUCUGUGGCCCGUGGCCAUCACGUUCAUGCACCUGAGGACUACACUACGAACGCUGAAGAUCAUUCCCAAGUAUGCCAUGUAUCAGUUGGUGCUGAUCCUGAGUCAACUGCAGUCCGCUAUCAUCAACAUCUUGGCCUUGGCCGGAACCAUUGCCUGCGCUCCACCCUUCUCCUCCGCAGUCAGAGGAUACAUGCUGAGUCAGCAGCUGCUGAUCCUGGAAAUGUUCAUCAUCAAACUGGUCACCCGGCUGCUGUAUCGGCGG